CUCCAGUAGAAUAUGCCAUUGUGAAACAGGUCAAGACAAAAGAACCAUGUCUUCAAAUCUAAACACAAAACAAAAACUGGUGGUGUAUGUUACUUGUUGAAGAUAGGGUGGAGCAAAACCUUCCAAAAUUCAAGUAAAAAUGCAAGUCCGUGGCAACUCUCUUUUCUUUUUAUCUCCCCCAUACUCUCUUCUUCAAACCAUUCAAGAGCCAAGCCAACAUUUCCAGCUAGAAUGGUGGUCUCUGCUGACUGCAGAAUCUCCCUCUCUGCCCCCAGCUGCCUACGUGGCUCCUCCGGCUUGACCAGGCACAUUAAGCUAGGCAGCUUCUGUAAUGGAGAGCUCAUGGGGAAGAAGCUCAACUUGGCUCAGCUUCGAUCUUCUUCUAGUAACUUCUCUAAGAAGGGAGUUCAAAUGUCUUUAACCAGUGUAGCUGGAGAGAGUAAGGUACAAGAGAUUGAGUCUGAGAAAAGGGAUCCAAGGACAGUGGCUUCCAUUAUUCUUGGAGGUGGAGCAGGAACUAGACUCUUUCCUCUCACAAAGCGUCGUGCAAAGCCUGCUGUCCCUAUAGGAGGAGCAUAUAGGUUGAUAGAUGUACCAAUGAGCAACUGCAUCAACAGUGGAAUCAACAAAGUCUACAUCCUCACACAAUACAACUCAGCUUCUUUGAACAGGCAUUUAGCUCGUGCUUACAACUCCAAUGGAGUUGGCUUUGGAGAUGGAUAUGUUGAGGUACUUGCAGCCACUCAAACACCAGGAGAAGCUGGUAAGAAGUGGUUCCAAGGUACAGCAGAUGCGGUUAGGCAAUUCCAUUGGCUUUUCGAGGAUGCAAGAAGCAAGGAGAUAGAAGAUGUGUUGAUCCUCUCUGGAGAUCAUCUCUACAGGAUGGAUUACAUGGAUUUUGUACAAGAUCAUAGGCAGAGUGGUGCUGAUAUAAGCAUUUCAUGCAUACCAAUAGAUGACAGACGUGCUUCGGAUUUUGGUCUAAUGAAGAUAGAUGAAAAAGGAAGAGUUAUCUCUUUCAGUGAAAAACCUAAAGGAGACGACCUGAAAGCAAUGGCAGUUGACACAACUAUUCUAGGACUUUCCAAGGAGGAAGCUGAAAAGAAACCAUACAUAGCUUCAAUGGGAGUUUAUGUUUUCAAAAAAGAGAUAUUGUUGAAUCUCUUAAGAUGGCGUUUCCCAACAGCAAACGACUUUGGCUCAGAGAUUAUUCCCUUCUCAGCUAAAGAAUUCUAUGUGAAUGCUUAUCUCUUUAAUGACUACUGGGAAGACAUAGGAACGAUAAGAUCUUUCUUUGAGGCAAAUCUCGCCCUCACUGAGCAUCCACCGGCAUUCAGUUUCUACGACGCAGCAAAACCAAUAUAUACAUCAAGGAGAAACCUGCCACCAUCAAAAAUAGAUGGUUCUAAGCUGAUUGAUUCGAUUAUUUCUCAUGGGAGCUUCUUAACCAACUGCUUAGUUGAGCACAGCAUUGUGGGUAUUAGAUCUAGAAUAGGCAGUAACGUUCAGUUAAAGGACACUGUGAUGCUUGGAGCAGAUUUCUACGAAACUGAAGCAGAAGUUGCAUCACUUUUAGCUGAAGGAAAGGUUCCCAUUGGAAUAGGAGAGAACACAAAAAUCAAAGAAUGCAUUAUAGACAAGAAUGCUAGGGUUGGAAAGAAUGUAAUCAUCGCAAACUCAGAGGGAGUACAAGAAGCAGAUAGGUCAGCUGAUGGAUUUUACAUCAGAUCUGGCAUUACAGUAAUCUUGAAGAACUCAGUAAUCCGAGAUGGAGUUGUCAUAUGAUACUUUUUAAGUGUAAGAACUAAGAGUACUGAGCAGAAAAAAACCAAGACUAAAUUGAAAAUGAUGCGGUUUCUGAAAAAUAAUUUCCAUGUAAUCAAAUAUUAUGUAUCAAGCUGAUGGUAUUUUGGCCACUUGUAUUGGUAGUUUAUGGAAAUAAAAAAGGAGGAAACAACGGCAAAUAUGCAAAGUUUAUGUACAGUAAAAAUUUAAAACUGUACCUACAACAUAAGUUCCUCGCAGCUGAACAUUAGUUCAUUUUAGAAAGUCUGUUCUUAACAUCUCAUGUCAUGAUCUUUGAUGAGCUUAAGCUAACUUGCUUUGUCCUUAACAUCUUGUGUCAUGAUCUUUGAUGAGCUUAAGCUAACUUGCUAUUGCUCCACUUCUCUAUGGUGUUAUACCAACCCCAUUGGAAAAAUAAACCAACGAAUCUAACAAAACCACCAAACAUAACUUCCAUCAAAGCAUCCCAAAACGAUCUCUGAGGAGACAUGCCACUGGUCGCAAUAGACAGUAAGUACCCAAUAAAAUG